GUGAUUUGUGGGAGCGCGAGAGGGGCGCGCCAUGUUCGCCCCCCGCUCGGGCUGGGGGUUCGGCUGCCUCCGCCUCAGCCAGCUCCGAGCUGCCCGGCCCUGGGCGUGUCGGGCUGGCCCGGCCCGGCGGUACCGCUCUGGUGGGGGCGAGCGCCAGCCGGGAUCCGAGCCCGCGGUCUCUCCGCCAGGCCUCGCGCACCAGACUCUGAAGGAGUGGGCGCUGCUGGUGAGCCCCUUCGGUCGGCUGCGGGCGCGGCUUCCGUGUCAUUUGGCCGUAAGGCCCCUGGACCCCCUCAUCUACCGAGAUGGCGACCGCGUGCUGGUCACGGUGAGAGCAGCGGAGGGCGGGGCGCGGGACCUGGCGGGCCUGCAGGUGAAGUACGACGAGGCGCUGGAGGAGGUAGCCAUCGUGUCUGACACCAUCGACCCCCAGGCAUCCGUGGAGGUGAACGCGCCCCUGAAGUUUGAUUUGAAUAUCAAGUCAUCAGGUUCUGGCUGUGUAAAAAUCCAAAAUAUUGAGUGUGAUAAUUGUAAAAUUGAAACUGAGCAGGGGACUGUCAUCUUACAGUCUGUUAAGAGUCAAAAAUUACAUGUUCAAACAAAAGGAGGCAAAGUGAUCUGUCUGGGAACAGUUUAUGGAAAUAUAGAUAUUCAUGCAUCAGAUAAAAGUACUGUGACCAUAGAUAAACUGCAAGGAAGUACUGUUAAUAUAUCUGCUGAACAUGGUUUGCUGGAAGCCAAGUAUCUUUAUACAGAAUUGUCAUUUCUAUCUUCUGCUGCUGGAGAUAUUACAUUAGGAAGUGUUCAUGGUAAUAUAACAUUACAAAGCAAGAUGGGUAAUAUCACAGUAGAUUCAUCCUCUGGAUGUCUAAAGGCCUCAACUCAUCAGGGUGCAAUAGAUGUUUAUGUCAGCCAACUAGGGAAAGUGGAGUUGAAAUCCCAUGCAGGCUCUAUUCUUGUCAAGGUCACAUCUUCUCUUCAAGCUCAUUUACAGCUAUCAGGGAAAGAGGUUGAUGUGAACUCAGAAGUCCAUGUUCAAGAAAUGACUGAAGUUCACAAAGAUGAUGGUGUAAUAAUUACUGGGCUCAUGAAUCAAGCAAGCAAACAUGAAAAAUGGAUUAAGGCUGAUGCCCCAGAAGGCACUGUAAAAUUUAGAAGUCAAAGCUGGUUUCAGUCCUUGAAACUGCAGGACUAAGAAUGGUUUGAGUUGUAUUUAUAAUUUUUAACAAUGAUUAGCAGAUCUGUGACUACAAAAAUGCAAAUACCACAGUUGAUACAAAUGUUGAAAACAACAAAUUGGAAUGAAUACUGGUGAAUUGUCUUGUGGGGGCCUUUUGAAAAUUUGUACUUAGCUAUUCAUUUUCUAUUGCCCUGUAAUGAAAUUACCACAAACUUGCUGACUUAAAAUCACACUUAUUUUUA